AAGGAGCAGAGAGGGAGAGAGAGCCAGGGAGGGAGAGAAAGAGGGAGUGUGUGUUUUACAGAUAGAGAGCAAAGCAGGUACAGACUUUACACUGAAGACCUCUGAAGCUGCCUUUGAUAUUACACUGUUUGGAGAAAAUUGCAUGUCAGCUGUUUGUUGGAGACCUCUGCAAUUCCCCCUGACUGCUGUGGAGAAGAAGAUCUUGCUUCUGAAACCUCUCCCUUUGAUUGGCUGUCACACUUUAGGCUCCCCCUCCUCUCUCUCUCUCUCUGACUCCCCUCUUCUCUCUCUCUCUCUCUCUCCUCUGUGGUACAAACCCCCUUCCAUACUGUCCUCAGGCUUACCUGAGCCACAACUGCAGAGACGCUGGACACCCCUCCUCCUCCUACUCCUCCUCCGCGCACACAUAGACACACACACACACACACACACACACACACACACACCCACCACAACACGCUGUCUCUCUCACACACACACACUCAGCUUUUCACCUGGAGAGGGCAGGCGCAAGAGACGGCAUGUGCAGCAGCAGCAGCAGCAACAGCAGCAGCAGCAGCAGUGUGUCCUCACAUCCAGCGCUGCCUCUCUGAGUUGCCUCUUUCUGGAGAGUAAAGAGGAACUCUGAAAAGGACAUUUUGGAGCCAUUGUCCCUUUGGCGAAAGCAGGAGAGACGGGGGCAGCUACACAGGGACAUCAAAGGCAACACUCAGCAUGAUUUUGGGAGGCAUAAACAGGGCCGGGGCAGCGGUGCCGACGUUCUUGCGGACCCCCACAAUGAUCCAGCCACACCUGGAUAUGAAGCCCUUCCUGCAGUUUCCCAUGGAGACCCCCCCUCCUCCACACAGCUUGAACCUCUUCCACAACUUCAAUGCGAUGGACCCGGUGCAGAAGGCUGUGAUCAACCACACCUUCGGAGUUCCACUGGUGAAGACCAAGCGGCCAGUCAUCUCCUGUAACGUCUGCCAGAUUCGCUUCAAUUCAGAGAGCCAGGCAGAAGCUCAUUACAAAGGAAACCGCCAUGCCAGGAGAGUCAAAGGUAUCGAGACCUCAAAGAGUCGUCCUCAAGAAGGGGACAAGCCUCAAACUGUGCCCCCUACCUCCUCCCCAUCUCCGCCUGGAGCCCCUGGCACCGCCCCAGACAGCGAACCAGGCAUAGCCGAUGAAACGCGGCCCCUGUCACAGUUAAACGUGCCCCUGCUGGCCCCGGGGCCCCUCCCUACUCUUACAACCCCGCCUACUCCACCCAUGGACACCCCAAUGCCCUUAGUGUGCCCCCUCCUGCCCACCUCCACUCCUCCACUGAUCCCCCCCUCUUCCUCCUCCUCCUCCUCCCCUCCUGGCUGCGGCAAUGGCAGCGCCAACUCAGAGCAGCCCGGGACUGGACCCCCUUUUUCAGGGGCCGCUGGGCCACCGGCCUCAAGCAGCCCGUCCAAUCCGGAGACAGAGGAAGACAAGGCCAAGAAGCUGCUUUACUGCUCACUGUGCAAGGUGGCGGUCAAUUCCCUGUCACAGCUGGAGGCUCAUAACAAAGGAACCAAACACAAAACUAUCCUGGAGGCACGUAGUGGGCUGGGCCCCAUCAAGGCGUAUCCUCGUCUGGGCCCAAAGCCCAGUGGAGAGCAGGGAGGGGGGCCGGUGGACCCCAAUACUCAGGAACGAACCUUCCACUGUGAGAUCUGCAAUGUGCGGGUCAACUCUGAACUGCAACUCAAACAGCACAUAUCAAGUCGAAGGCACCGGGAUGGCAUGGCGGGCAAGCCUAACCCCCUCCUCAGCCGGCACAAGAAGCACAGGGUUGCUGAUCUGACGUCUUCUUUGACCUUCUCCAAGGAUCUCACCAAAGCUUUGGGUGCAGGGCUCUUGCCAAACCCCUUGGCUGUUGCUGCAGCGAUGGCCGCAGCAGCGACCUCAAACCAGCUGGCUCUUCGUGCUGCAGCCCCCGCACCCCAUCCACACCAUCACUUAUUGCAAGGCCCACCUCUCAGCCACGCCAUCCUGAGACCAGCCCCCGGGCCUAUCCGUACCACCCACGGGCCGAUUCUCUUCUCUCCAUACUGACACAUCACCUUCUGACCUCGGCCAGUCAGGAACAGCCACUCCAAAAAGCACACUGUGAAGAUAUGAACAUGAUCAACAAACAGCAAAAUGAUAGGGGACUUAAAAAAAAAAAAAACAUUUAGAAAUCAAACUGAGAGAAAAACAUGGGAAAGGAGCAGAGGACUGGAGUAGAAAAAUAUCUCUCUUUCUUCCCUUUACCUGAAACUCUCCUUUCAUUUCAAAGACUUCUGAGUAGAUGGAAGGAGGAGAGGAGAGAUUUUCAUUAUGCAUUGAAUUCCCUUGUACAUCUCUCACCUUCCCUGGUCCCUCCUCCUUGCACUCUGGCCCCAUCAAGGCCGCCUCAAAUUGCUACAGAAGAAACACAAGCAGACCUUUCCAGAAACAUUAAUCCACAUGUAGUUUUGCAUAGUAAUUACGGACCAGGUUGGGUUCCUCCUGUCAUCACAGCUCAACGUGUUCUUCUCAUCCUAUGCACCUCAAAAUACCAAGACAAUAAUGUUAUGUCAGUAGGGUAGCUGCUUCCAUCGGUCUUUGCUGAUAGCGCCACAAGUAGCCGUGGCGGCCUCCUCGGUACUGUACAUGUCCCCUUCUGCGCCGGAGGCCAGCAACUCUUCAGUUUGUGACACUAGGUUGUCGCUAGGAACAACAUGACUUCGGCUGACAGGCAGGUGAUAGCCGCAUUUGAACAUGUCUGAUGGUUGUACAAUAGGGGUGGGGGGUGGAAUGGAAGGGGGGGGGGGUCAGAGAGCAGAAAAGUGACUGUGGGGGAUUGCACUCUCCUGUCAUUUCCCUGAGAGUGUGAGGUGAGAGGAGGGCUGGCAUGGGUCAGCGGAUGGAUUCACCCCUGGGCAGCAUGCAGACGAAUGCAAACGAAUCUGUGUUUUAAAAUAGACAUUACCAACAAAAACCUGCUGCAGGGCACAUCUGCCAACCUCUAUAACAGUCAGAGAGGGGCCUCACUGAAGGGUGAAACAUGCAGAAGUCACAUCUAUACUGUACUGCUGCAUUUGAUCUCAAGCUUGGAUUGUGUUUGAUGGCAAUACUAGGUUGUUUUUUUUACAGUAAUUACAGAUACUGCACUUGUUAGAGCACAGUCCAAAGCUGUACAGUGGCACACUAAGUCACUUUUAAAAAGAAACAGUUUGAAGUCAUUGCAUCCUGGUCUUUAUUCACUGUGUGGGUGGGGAAGUAUGAAUAAGGUGUGACCCUGUGCACUGAUUUAUUUAUCUUGUUACUGCAUGUAGCCUCGCAAUAACGUUCUGUAGGGUCAGGCCUCUGCAUCAUCGGGUUGAACUCUUCCAUUCCUGCCCUGCCCUGCCCUGCCUCCUCCUCCUCCUCACAUCUUUCAUAUCUAAAGGUUCAUAAGAGUGUAAAGUAAAGGGCAUGUCGACACUGGCAAACCAUAAAUGCUCAAAGAAAACAAAUUAUAGAGAGGAAGAUGAAAGCCAAACACAUUCUUGGAGAAAUUUGAUCUUGAGCGGGAGUGACAACCGAGCCAGUAGCCCAGCGAGAACCCCCAAGAGCGGGAGAGCAAAGAUGUCCAGCUCAAGGCAUCCAUCAAUACUUCCUGUCUUACAACUGAAAGCCAUGAAAUGCACCAUGAUUUGUUUUCUCUUACAAAGAAUGGUGAGCACUUUGUUUUGUUUGGUGUAGGACUGUUUGGUUUUUUUCAUUUAUAUCACACAUUAAAAAAGAGCAAAAAUAGAAAAGACAAUAAAAAUAUUUUUGUAGGCAGAAAAGGUUAAUAAGUGCAAAGAUGAAGGGAAGGGAAGAAAAGGGUGGAAUCACAGUUGAUAAAUCAGAUACUUGUCGAUUGAAAGCAGCAAUGGGGCGCCACAAAAGCUAGCUGAGCAGCAGCAAACUUUCACCCUCUUCUGAACGAGGUGUACACUGUGCCCUUUCAUUGAGAAGCAAUGAGCUCUAAUGUCUUACCUUUGUCUGAAUAUUGCAAUGCAAUGAGCAAUUUUUAUCAGAGUGACUUGUUAUCAUUGUGACAUGUUGUGACAUGUUGUUUGCAGUCAUGUGUAAACUGGGAGCAGCCAGCGAUUAGACUUUUCUGUUCUUCCAUGUGGAGUUCAAGCCCUCGAACGGACUGAGAAAAGGACAGAGAGAGUGACAGAGGUGUAGCUGGGCUUAGGGACCGACCCUUCAUAUUAAAGGGCCUUUUUAACUAUGGUAUUCUCUGCUUGGGGAACAGGGUACAACGCCAGGUAUCGAGGGAUUGAGGCUAAUUUUAUGAGUUGGACUCACUGAGUUGCUUUAUUUUUUUCUGUGUGAGAAAUGUUUUUUAAGUGAAAACCAUGAGGAACAUUAUCUAUGCCAUUACUUAAAGAAGAAGCUGGCUUGGUGUCAACUUCCACCGUUGUGCUCUUUUUUUUCCUUUUUUGUUGCUGAACAAAGCAUCUAAGCAGAGUUCAGUUAACGAGUGAGAAACUAUUCCAGGAUCUGUGCUCUCCUACCUGUUGGUGUGUGUACCAUAUGUAUUCUAGUGUGUGUUGGGACCUGCUCUCUCCCCACUUCCCACCAGAUACAAAGGGCAACCUGGACUUUUUAAGUAGCCUAACACAAUAAUGGAGACAAAACAACCCUGCACAUGUUUGGUUUGGGAAGAUUGAUCAAUUAUUCUGGUUUCAAUCGGAGACUUGAUCAAUGACUGAACCUAAUCAAAGUACUGCAGUCUUAUCCCUGGUAGGUCAGCCAAGUAGCAGCACCACUGAUAUGUUCAUAUUGUCCUAGAUAUGUCCAUGAUGUGGUAAUUCCUACUGAUUCAUCCUCAUUAUUCACAUUUGGGAAAUAAAUGUUAGAUUUUCUGGGCAGAUAUUUCAUGUUAGCUGUGUUUAGGCUACUAGCCUUAGCCUUAUUCUGCCCUAAGCCUCUCCCAGAGCAGAGAGAGAGAUGGAGAGGCUAUGGUGUAAUUUUGUCUUGCCAAUAAAGUUAUUUUUGAAUUUCAUUGUCAGAGGGGACAAAGAGUUUGUAUGGCGAAUUGUAGCAAUACCUGACUCAUUCUGGCUACUCUUGUUUAUUGCAAUAAGAAAAUUAAACAAUAAAUGUGUAUGUGAGUAAAACAUUAUAAAUGUAAUUUAAAUGAAAAAGAAACUUUAUGGUCAAUACUGUUGGUAUUGAGAGAACCAUGGUGGGAAAAAAAAGUAAAUGUCAAUAAAUCAUUAAAUGAAA